AUUGACAAGAAACACGGAACCCCAAAACCUAACAUUUGUGUUACAAUUCCUUCUUCUGGGAUUUACAGAUGAUCCAGAAAUUCAGUCUCUCAUCUUCAGCCUCUUCUUGUUCAUAUACUUGGUCACACUACUGGGAAACCUGCUCAUAAUUCUAGGUAUAAGUUUUGAGUCCCACCUCCAUACUCCCAUGUACUUCUUCCUCUCCAACUUGUCCUUUAAUGACAUCAGUUUCAGCACAGCCACAGUCAUCAAGAUGCUGAUGAACAUCCAAGCAAAUGAUCAGAGCAUCACCUACACAGGCUGCCUCACACAGCUCUUCUUUGUACUUGUUUUUGCAUACUUUGAAAAUUUUCUCCUUACAGUGAUGGCCUAUGACCGCUAUAUAGCUAUAUGUCACCCUUUGAAGUAUAGUAUCAUUAUGAAUCCUAAUUUUUGUUUUCUACUUUCACUGAUCUCUCUGUUCAUUAGUAUUACGGAUGCCCUGAUUCAUACUCUCAUGGUACAACGGCUGACCUUCUGCACAGAUCUUGAAAUCCCCCACUUCUUCUGUGAACUUGAUCAGGUCAUCAAGCUGUCUUGUUCAGACACCCACAUUGAUAACAUUGUGGUCUUUGUUGCAACUUGUGUAUUUGGUGGCAUUCCUCUUUGUGGAAUCAUUUAUUCUUAUUAUCACAUUGUGGCUGCAGUCUUGAGGAUAGCUACACUGGAGGGAAAGUACAAAGCCUUUUCUACCUGUGGGGCUCACUUGUCCGUGGUUUCCUUAUUUUAUGGGGCUAGUUCUAUGGUAUUUAUCAGUUCUGCAAUGAGUGCCUCACCAAAAAAAUCUGCAGUAGCUUCAGUGAUGUACUCUGUGCUUCCUCAGAUGAUGAACCCUUUUAUCUACAGUUUAAGGAACAAGGACAUGAAAGUUGCUAUACGAAAUCUUUUAAGUAGGAUUGUGUCACUUGAAUAA